ACGUGCUCUGGGUUUUUACUGGGACAAUGCGGGUGGAUUAAAAGACCAUUCCUUACUGUUUUUUACGAUCAAAUCCCGCUAAAGUUAAAUUAGCAUGCUAACAGCUAAUGUCAUCGAGCGAGCAGCCUGCCAAGCUAAGCUAUGCAAACUAUGCUAGCUACUUGUGAAGCCACGUUAGCUCGUUACACUGGGAUGUGGUGUUGGUCAGACUUGUGAAGAUGGCUGAGGCUGUUGAGGAAAAGAUCAAGAACUACAGGACUGCUCCGUUUGACGCCCGGUUCCCCAACACCAACCAGACCCGCAACUGUUUCCAGAACUACCUGGACUUCCACAGGUGCAACAAGGCCUUGUCAGAUAAAGGCCAGGAUGUGACUCCCUGUGGGUGGUACCAGAGGGUGUACAAGACCCUCUGCCCUAUGAGCUGGGUCUCCAAGUGGGACGAUCAAAUAGAGGCUGGCAGUUUCCCUGGGAAGAUCUGAAAAGGCCAACUGGCUGACACUGUGGACCCAGACAGCCCUCUUCAGGAUACUGUUACUUGCACAUGUACCUCUGUAGUGUGCCUAUAAGGACAUUUUUACACCAGAUAACCAUGCCUACAUUGAUGUUUCUAUGUGUUAACACUUAACUGUAAACACGCACAAGUUUUUACCAAGCAUAACAGGUCUGAAGUUUGUAUCCCGACUCCAUUCUCAACUUCUGUUUGACAGUUUAAUAACUUUGAUAAAAGUUCAAUAAAAGUUAUGGCAUCCAUUUUUUUUUUUCAAUGAAUAAAUUUAAAUGAACAACUUU